UGUUUUUUAGUUGAACGACUAAACGUGUCACGUUAACUACCGCCUCUCGUGCUUUUCUUGUUUGGCGAAUGCUUCCGUUCAAGCAAAAACCAACAGCAUUUUAAAUAGCUGCGUUAAUGCAUUGUCGACGAAUUGAACAAGUAUAUAUUUUUAAAGAUGCCCCAAAAUGGUUAAAGUGGAGUCGUUCUUCCGGUUCGCUUCCGGUUUCCACGUCUCGCGUUUGGCACGAGCACGUUUACAGCUGCGCUUAUUUCUGCUCAAACCCGCACACUUUCAUAACUUCUCGAGUCUCAGCAAAUAUCCGCAAGCUCAGCUGGUCACUUAGUCGAUCAGGUAGUACAAGUCUUCUUUUCGUUCCAGUCGCUGCUAAUACAGUACUAUACCUGCGCGCGCUGAGUGUCGCUAUGUGGUGAUGGAGAGAGACUUGCUCAGACAGUCUGUGUCGUAUCAUGGGGGAAACCUGCUGGCGCUGUUAACAUGCGAGCAAAGGGAGAACCCAGACUUCAAAUAUGUGGCUGCUGCUGAUCUCUCCAAAACUCUCAAUCAAAGGGAUACAGAAGAGGCGAGUCCUGUCCUGGAGCAGUUCAUAGCAAGGAAAGCUGAUCUUCUGUUUGCAGCGUCGCGGAAGACCUCUACACCAGCAGAUGAACGGCCGGACGAACCUGGAGAUGCACACGCCGUCAUGCCUCCGCUGGAGCAGUUCAUGGAGGUGUGUGUUGAGGAGAGACGGGAGCUCUUCUACAGAGACGUGGAGCGUGGAGACCUGGUUAUUGGAAGGAUCAAUUCGGUGCGAGACUUCGGCUUGUUUGUAACUCUUCUCUGCACUGCUGGAGGACUGGAACGAGAUAUUGAGGAUCUUGAGAUAAAG